CCAGACAGUUUAGCUUAGUUAACGUUUGAACGCCGCACGAGUGCAUCGUUGAAUGCUCUUCUAAAGGAACUCGUACAUUUCCUUCGUGAGAAGUUCACUCUUUCAAUUAGCCGGACUUUACUUUAACUUGCUUUUUACUUUUAACUUAUUUUUAACCUUAACACUGUUUGCUAUUAUCGUUGGAAAUUAUUUAAAGGAAUUAUGGUCCAGGUGUGGGAAACCGUUUUAGUUCUAUUGGAUACAUUGCUGCUUCUGCUGAAAAUACUUUAUGACAUUGUCUUAGGAAUAUACAGAUUAUGUAUACCAGUUGAAGAGAAAAGCGUAAUCGGCGAAAUUGUAUUGAUUACAGGUACUGGACAUGGUAUUGGUAAAGAAUUAGCAUUAAGAUAUGCAUCAUUAGGAGCAAUCGUUGUCUGUUUGGAUGUAAAUGAAGAAGGAAACAACGAAACAGUAAAUGAAAUAAACCAAAACGGCACAUUAAAAGCUUACGGUUACAAAUGCGACGUAUCGAACAGAGAAGAAGUGCUUAAAGUAGCUAAAAAAGUAAAAGAGGAAGUAGGAGAUGUGACAAUUUUAAUUAAUAAUGCUGGUAUAAUGACUUGUUUAACUUUAAUGAAUCAUACACCCGAGCAAAUUAAGCGAAUAUUCGAUAUCAAUGUGCUAGCACAUUUUUGGAUUUUCCAAGCUUUCUUACCUAGCAUGAUUCAAAGAAAUUACGGUCAUAUUGUUGCUCUUUCAUCGAUAGCUGGUAUUUUCGGCCAAUGCAAUGUAGUUCCUUACUGCGCUUCAAAGUUUGCAGUAAGAGGGUUGAUGGAAGCAUUGUACGAAGAGUUACGAUCGAUGAAUAAGGAAAAGCCACUAAAUAUAAAAUUCACAACAGUUUAUCCGUAUAUGGUCAAUACAGGACUUUGCAAAAACCCAUAUUACAGGUUCAAAAACCUACUGUCUUUGGUUUCAACAAAACAGGCAGUUGAUGUAAUAGUUAAAGCGCAACGGCAAAACACCAAAGAGAUUUCUAUUCCCGCAUAUUGGCGUUAUGUUAACAUUAUUUUGAGGUGUGUUUCUACCAUUUACAUGCAUAGAACGCAUAAAAGACUUUCUAAAUGCUGGUUUAAAUGCAGAAUGUUAACGAAUAUUUAAUAUUUUUGUAAUAGGUUAUGUACGAAAAUGUUUAUUUUACAAUACAUAAUAAUAUUUUUUGCUAAUUUUAAUCAUAAUUAUCAUCUUCAAUUACUUCUUGUAAACUUAUAAACUUUCUGUGUAUCUGUAAUUCCUUUAUUAUUAAAUAUAGAUGUAAUUUUUAUUAUUUAUCGUUAGUAAUUUGUAAAGAUUUAAUUAUAAAGGUAAUAAUAACUCGUGUAAUAAGUAAAAUGUAA